AUGAGCAGGAUUAAUAGAUUCCUCAUUUCCGAAUCAUUGUACCAUACAUGGCAGGAAUGUAGACAGUGGAGCUUGGAGAAGGAACUAUUUGAUCACCGCCUGAUACAAUUGUGUGACAAGAAAGAGAACUGGGGAGAUAAACCAUUCUGUAUGCUUAACUAUUGGAGAGAAAUAAACGGAUAUCACAAAUUCGUGAAAGAGCAGUGGAGUAACUUAAAUGUGGAAGGUUGGGGUAUGUUCGUCCUCAAAGAAAAAUUCAAAAUGAUCAUAGGAAGCCUCAAAGAGUGGCACAAAAAAAACACUCAAAACCUGGACAGUAGAAUCAAAGACAUUAAGUUAGAAAUCAACAAUCUGGAAGCAAAAGGAGAAGAAUAA